CCACCGCUGGUCGAUGCCCUGAUCGACCCAGGAAGUCAAGGCUUACUUGGUCAGAAGGCAGCGUUUUCUUGCGUGCCUCGUGGGGUGGAACGGCGGAGGCGAGGAAGAAAGUCGCAAAGCCGAUGCGAGGCCGAAGCCAGGCCCGUCCAACGUGCUCGAAUUUCUUUCCCUAGCCAGGCUGGCUCAAAGGCAUCAUGGCCCUGUAUUCGGUUGCUCGGGACUUGCUCUAAACAGGUUGCGGACGCCAGUGAUGGGGGCAGCGCCUGACAGGCGCUGGACCUUCGAAGGCGCCGAAGCUGCCCCCUCCGCCGCGCACACCGAGGGCCAGCCAGCGCAACCGAAGGCUUGCUCGACCCCGCCCCGUCUCGCCGAGGGCGGACGACAGGAGCGCCAGGGCGAGCUGCAGGACGCGCAGGUGCUGCACCACGACGACGAGGGGACCCGUCGCGAGCAGAGCCCGGAGGCGCCCUGCAGCGGGCCCCCGGAGGCGGCGCAGCAGCCCGUGCCCGCGCCGCGCCGGGGCGAGCCCUUCGAGUGCGCGGGCCUGCUCGGGGGCUGCGGCCUCCCAGGGGCGUGCUGCGCCGGGGCCGCGCCGCAGCGGCGGGCGGCGGCGUGCGAGGUCCGCG